UAUGCUUAUCGAGUGAGAAAAAAGAAUUUCAUUUACAAAAUACAAUUUACAAUCAGUCAGAUUUCUACAGCCGAUUAAAUAAGUUGUCAUAGGGGUGCGCAAAUUAGAUAUAGGCCUAAUAAACGAUAAAACGAUCGACCUUUGACUAGUGGCUGCGACAACUAAAACUCAAUAAACUGUGGAAUUGAAGAGGCUUCCUUUAUACAAACAACAGUAAGUCCUAAAGUCAGGGAGAUGUCAGCUACCCGUCAAACGGAUUAUUAAAAUUCAGUCAAACGCUGUAUUUUGAUGCUCCUGUGCUGUCGUCUGAUUAUUCUCUCAUGAGAUCAUCUAUCAAUAUGCUUUUAGUAACAGCACUACAAUCUUUCUUGGUUCGAGGGUUGUUCGUAGCCCAUGCUACCCUCUGCGUAUGGCGGGUGGUUGAAGCGACUGGCAUACAAACAUGUUGGGCUGCCUUGUUGGUGCACCUAAUACUGUUGUUAGUUGAAGGACUCAUUACAUUUAUUGCCACAAAAAAAGGCGAAUGGACAGUAUUUUCGCCUUGCGUUCUCAUCUAUCUACUGACCGUCAUCCCGUGUAUUUGGAUAUUGGAGUACGACUUGUAUUUUCAGCGGCAGAAGUUCGCGGAAGAAAACGAUGUCAAAUGUGAAAAAGUGACUGUGACUUACAAUAUCUCGUCCGUUGACUUAGAAAUCAUACCGUUUCAAAUUCACUUGAAUUACCAGCAAUGGUCUUUAGCACUGCAACAAAUUUUCAUAUUUGUUCUCAUCAUUGGAAGGUGGCUUCUGCCGAAAGGACAGAUGACACGUGAUCAGCUUUCGCAACUUCUAUUGGUCUAUAUCGGUAUGGCUGCUGACAUUCUGGAGUUCAUCACCGAGGGAAUCGGUAUGGGUCCUGUCGGUUGUUCUGCCAUUCUUAUGAUGAUGGUCUUAGGCAUAUGGUCGUGGAGUCUAAUGCAGUUCACUAUCGGUCUAACUCUGACAAAACGUCGUAAGAAUCGAGUCGCCGGAACUAGUUCGUCGCGGACUCGUUGCUCGCCUUGUGUCUGUUGUGAAACUGAAGUGUGGGCAAUCAUGGUAACGGUUAUAAUGCAAGAUGGUCCUUUUCUUUCCAUGAGAGUAUAUCUAAUCACACAGUUCCAUACCAUGUCACAGAAUAUGAUCUUUUUUACCGCAAAAAACGCACUUGUUCUAGUCUUGCAAUUCUAUCGUUUGAUAGUACUUUUCUGUCAAAAAGAAAAGGUAGACAGUGUUGCGUCCGUGUCGUCCCUUGAACAUCAAUUGGCAGGUUCAUCUGACCGCGAUUUUGAAUCAAAUAAUGCGAUACAACAGCUUAAUAAAAGCAACAUCAUCAUCACUUCUAGCGUGGAUGGUGAUGUUGUAGAUAGGUGGACGCACGUGAUGCGAAUCGAUAAUAAAAAUCACGAUUUGAAAGCAGACGAUUCCUUUAAAUCCUCGUCUUUGGUUAAGAUUGCUGAAGACUCGCACACAGACGAGUAUGAUCACGCACAAUCUAAUGCGCAGGAUAAUCAUGCUUUUUUGAGCAACGAACCCCCGAAUAUGGCAACUGGGAGAAGGAAGUCACUAUCUAUAAGGUCGACCAAAUCUGGAAUCGCUGCGCACGGCACCAUUGGUACGAACGAUGGUGACGGGUUUGAGUUAAAUCAGGAAUCAUCAAAAAAACGAGAACGAAACGAACACAGUUUCUUCCCCAGCAGCCAAAUAAGAGCUUACACUUCAAUUGUAUUAAAUGCUAUGACUUCUACAAUUUCUUUAAUUAUGAGAUAUAAAGACCGUGCGCGUGCGUCGGACUCUAUCUCUGACAACCAAGAAGUAAACAAUUCUAACGUUGAUGAAACCAAUGUAAAAACUUUGGAUAGUAAAACAACCGAUACAAGGCCCGGGAUUGAACAUAACACAUCAAUGUUGUGUGUUGAUAUUUCAGUGGACGAGGACCAAGAAGAGACGUAUGAUAAUGUAAUAUCCAAGGCCACCGUUUCUCAUUGUAAUAUUAACCGUAUUCAUUUCACAGAAAAUGAGGAAACACGCGUCUCAAUAGACCACACCUUAAGAAAUUCUAAUGACGACUUAGAAAAUGCGGUGAAACAAAGUGAAAGCGAAGACGAAGAUACGGUCUUUUAAUUAGAAACUAGAUACAUAAACAGUUCAUACAGCUUACUGUAAAAAGUACUGUAUAAGGCCUACAUAAGUUAAACCAUUAAAUGGUAAUCUAUUUAUAUACCGGGUACAUUAAAUUCGUAUAGGCCUAUUGUUUGAAAAACAAAGAUUAGUAUCAUCGACUGCUGCGUCGAAGUGUCUUGAUUAAAUAAUACUGUGUAUACGUGUAAUAGGCCUAAAGUAAAUUUUUAUUUUUGUUAAGUGGUAAUGAAUGACGACCGAAUUUACACUUAGAGGCACGCAUCUAACAUUUCUAAAAGAGGGAAGCUAAACUACAUGUUUCAACCUAUUUAUCAAAUAUAUUGGUACCGUAUGUAAUAGAAUCUGUCAAUAAAACACUAAACAGAUCAAAUUAGUUAUAAAACUUCCAAUUAGUUUUCAUUGGUAUAUGCUUUUCUACUUAAACUAAUUGUUACAUUAGUUUUAAAUUAAUUAACCCAGAACCAAAAACAGAUCGAGCAAAAACAUUACGACAUGUUAAUAAUAUUGUGUACAUCCCGUUUAACAGACUAGAAACAAGUAUAAAAGAUCUAUAUUAUUAUUAAUGACUCAUCAUAUUGGAAUGAUCUUCAAACCACCUUAGGACAAAACAAAAUGACCUCUCUCCCUCCCAACUCUAAAAAAGAAUAUUAAGAAGGUGAUAUUUCAAACAUUACAACUUUUAGUUAACUAUGGCCGAUGUAAAUAGUAAUUUAUUUAUAGGAUUAUCAUUGUUGAAUACAGUCAGUGAUUUUACCCACCGUGCGCAUUAAGGCCCAUGUGCUUAAAGAACGCAGUACACUCUUCGAAAAAAAAAUUGGGGUUGUCUCCCGGUGUACUACUCAGUCACAACAAGAAGAACCUAAUAAAGAUAAAUAAGUAAGUCUUCUUCAGACGUUUGAGGGAUUGGUGUUCACACCGAAUAAAUCGAGUUUUGAUCUUUUGUAAAUUUAUAUUUUUUAAAUUUUGUACAGCGCCUGUGAUCAUUUUAAUUGGAUAUUGUUUGCGCUAUAUUAAAUAAAGUUCUUCUUAUUAUUAUUAUUUAAUAUAUCCAAUCUAAAACCGAUUAAAUAAGCCUUUGAAACCCUUAAAUUGUCAUAUUUUUUCGGGGGCUUCGCCCCGUGGAACAUUUUCGGAAGAUUUUGAGCGACGCCCGACCACGCCCACUUUUUUUUGUCGGGCAUCGCAUCUCGUCGGGGUUUCUUUUAGUGAUUUAUUUGUUGAAUCUUUCCCGACGUGACGCGACUAAACCGUCGGCUAAUAAUUUCUAAGCCUCGCCGUCUCAUAAAACGUAUGCAAACACGUGUGUUAUGGGACAAGCGCAUAUUCCUGGUCCUGUUCCAAUUGGUCCGUUGUUAUGUGACGACAUUAAUCACCGUAUCAUUGUCAGGCGCGUAACAGGGGUCCUGGGUCAGGGGGGGGGAGGUAAUAAUUUCCCCGGUUAGUACCGUAAUUUAUCAUACCCACCCCUCCCCAAUAUAGAAAACAAUACGACAAAGGGCUUAUCUUAUUUAUAAUAUAGGCCACACGAGUGUGUUUGAAUGUGUUCAAUUAACUUAGAAGGCAAAGGAGGACACCACAAGUUCUCACCCUCAAAAAUGCGCUCGAAGCGCGCAAAUUUUUUUUUUUUUUUGCAGUUUAGAGCUGGUAUGUUAUAUAUGGCCACACACGUUUUUUUUAAAAACUGAAUAUAAGCAUUUUCAUUAUGGCUUUAUUACGUA